AUGUCGAUCAGAAUCUGUCCUUCAAUCUGGGUAGAGAAUGGCGCUCCUUCUCAAACCAGUUCCUUGGGUGAUGUUAUUUCUGUGGAACUGUAUCUGGAGGUAUAUCAUCACCACAGGAGGAGGAGGAGCAGCAGCAGUAGCAGAAGGAUUGGGGCAAGAAAAGGGUGGGUAUGAGGCGGACAGAGUGUUGCGUCUUCCUGGGCAGCCUGCCAAUCCAAAGUUAUCACAGUUUUCUGGCUACAUCAAUGUGAACGAAGAGAAUGGGAGGGCUCUCUUUUAUUGGUUCUUUGAGGCACAGAGCCAGCCAUCUCAGAAACCUUUACUGCUGUGGCUGAAUGGAGGGCCGGGAUGUUCGUCGGUGGCCUACGGUGCUGCAGUUGAGUUGGGCCCUCUUCUCGUUAAGAAGCUUGGAACAGGGCUGCAGUAUAAUAAAUUCGCCUGGAAUAAAGAAGCAAAUUUGCUGUUUGUGGAGUCGCCGGUUGGAGUUGGUUUCUCAUACACCAAUACCUCAUCCGACCUCACUAAACUCGACGACCAGUUCGUCGCGGAGGAUACUUAUAGCUUCCUGGUUAAUUGGCUGAAAAGAUUUCCAAUGUACAGAACUCAUGAUUUCUUCAUAGCAGGAGAAAGUUAUGCAGGGCACUAUGUCCCCCAGCUUGCGGAGCUUGUGUACGAUCGGAACAAAGAGCCCCGAAAGUACCCAUUCAUACAUCUCAAGGGCUUCAUGGUGGGCAACCCAUCGACGGAGCGCUUCUACGACUCGAAGGGGAUGGUGGAGUUCGCUUGGGGCCACGACAUCAUUUCCGACGAUCUGCUGCUUCUCUUCUCCGGCGUAUGCAAUUACGGGUUCCCCAACAACUCCGACCCGAGAUGUACGGCCGGUGCCUCCCUUUUCUUCCAGUCGUAUGCAGGGCUCGACAUCUACGAUGUCUAUGCACCCAAAUGCCUUCUUCCCAAAUCCUCGUCGCCAUCACCAUUAUGGGUGGGCAUGCCAAAUUUUAACAUGAUGAGAAUCCCACAAGGAUAUGACCCAUGCUAUUCGCCUUAUGCUGAGGACUACUUCAACAGGCAGGAUGUACAAAUCGCUCUCCAUGCAAACACUUCCGGCAAUGUUCCUGGAAAAUGGAAGACCUGCGACGAUUCUAUCUUGAGAACGUACAACUUCUCGGUGCCCUCCACCUUGCCCAUCUACACCAAACUUAUAAAAGCUGGUCUUCGCAUUUGGGUGUAUAGCGGAGAUACGGAUGGGCGUCUUCCGUUCAUUGGAACAAGGUAUUGCAUCGAAUCAUUGGGGCUGGCCAUCAAUGCCCCGUGGCGUUUUUGGUAUCACAAGCAACAGGUUGCUGGAAGAUUUGUGGAGUAUGAGGGAUUAACUAUGGUGACAGUGAGAGGAGCAGGGCACCUGGUCCCUCUCAACAAGCCUAGCCAGUCAUUGCAGCUCAUCAACUCUUUCAUGCAAGGGGUGGCGCUGCCUACUCAAAACUGAUCCUCUCCUUACGCCCCUUGGCCGUUCACUAUCUUCCUGCUCAUCAGCACCGUGGGCGCUCGCUCGGGUGGCCUUGAAAUUUUAUGGAAAAGAUUUUUAUGCAGAUCAAAAGUUAAAACUCGAUUAUUUCAAAGAAGAAUGAGGAUGAUGCAUUGGACUGCAGUUGAAUUGAAGAAAAUAAGCGAAAUAAAAAAACCUAGGCAACCGUGGGAAAGAUCUCCUGAAUCCUAAUUGUUAAUGAUCGCUGGUUGUUGGAAAGAUCCUGGUUUUAAUAGAAGUUAAGUAUUAGUAA